AUGGGCCGUUUUCUGGUAUACCUGAGAUCAACGGUGCUACUGUUUUUCAGCUAUUUUAACAUCUGCCUGAUCACAGCGGACAUACCAGCAGCUCCCGUCAAUGUCACAGUCCGACAGCUGCAGGCCAACUCGGCAGUGGUAUCAUGGGAGGUUCCUGAUGGAGAUGCUGUUAUUGGCUAUGCUAUAUCACAGCAGAAAAAGGAUGUGCGAAUGCUUCGCCUUAUCCAGGAAGUGAAUACCACAACUCGUUCCUGUGUGUUGUGGGACUUGGAGGAGAACACUGAGUAUAUUGUCCAUGUGCAGUCAAUUACCCUGAGUGGCGUGAGCCCAGCAAGUGACCCUAUCUCCUUCUGGACCCCAAAGGAAGCUGAGAAAUCAGCUUCAAAAGAGGAGGUGCAGCAGCACUAUACACAACUAAGGACAGGCGAGAUGAUCAUUAUUUUGGUUGUGCUCGUCAUGUGGGCAGGUGUGAUAGCACUAUUUUGUAGGCAAUAUGAUAUCAUCAAGGACAAUGAACCUACCAAUAAUAAGGACAAAGCCAAGAGCUCUUCAGAGUACAGCACACCAGAGCACCCAACAGGAGGUCUACUACGCAGCAAGGUAGAAUAA